GCGAAGCCGUGAUCGUCUCCGCUCGGGGAAGUCUUCAACAACUGUCGCAUAAUAUUAAAGGCUCUCUAUUUUACCACAUGGCUCUUUUCUGAAAAUCAAACUGAAAUAUUCGCAUUGUACCUAGACAUACUCAUGGCUCCGAUAAAGAUCGCUGUAUUAGACGACUAUCCAAAGUCGUCCGUACCCGUCUUCGAGAAGUUGCAGCCACUUGGGUUUCAGGUGACGACAUUUACCGACACGCUUCUUCCAUAUAACCACCCCAACACCCCGCAAGAUGUCAAAGAUGAAUUAGUCAAGCGUCUUGAGCCAUUUGACAUUAUUUCUUCCAUGAGAGAACGGACGCCAUUCCCGGCUGAACUCACCAACCGACUUCCAAACCUCAAGCUGCUCCUAACAACCGGGCCCCGCAACGCAUCUAUCGAUGUACAGGCACUUUCAGCACGCGGAAUUCCCGUGGCCGGCACUAUCCCGGAAAAAAGGAGCCCGGAUAGCACCACCCAGCAUUGUGUCGCUCUGAUUCUUUCCCUCGCAAGAAACAUUCCGCAAGACGAUGCAGUAAUGAAGGCAGGAGGUUGGCAGACAGCUUUCGCUACGAAUCUAGCGGGAAAAGUAUUCGGUACUAUUGGGCUUGGGAGGUUAGGGGUAUCGGUUUCGAGGAUCAUGCAUAUAGCUUUCGGCAUGAAGGUCGUAGCUUGGAGUACAAAUCUGACCCAGGAGGCAGCCGACGAGAAGGCGAAAGCUGCUGGAUUGCCAGUUGAAGGCGAUAACGGAGAAAAGACUUUCAAGGUCGUCAGUCGAGACGAGUUGUUCACUUCUGCAGAUGUAGUCAGCGUUCAGCUCGUAUUAUCAGACCGAUCUAGGGGAUUGAUCACGGCCAAUGACUUGCGAAAACUAAAGCGCUCGGCACUGUUCGUAAAUACAGCACGGGGCCCAAUCGUGGUUGAGGAUGACCUGCUCGAAGUAGCUAGGGAGGGAUUGAUUCGUGGUGUAGGAUUAGACGUCUAUGAAAUCGAACCAUUGCCGACGUCUAGUGAAUGGAGAAAAAUAAAGUGGGGAGUGGAAGGCAGAAGUCAGGUCGUGCUGUCACCGCAUAUGGGUUACGUCCAAGAGGAUCACAUCACGGACAUGUACCAGAAACAGGUCGAAAAUAUACUACGGUGGCACAAGGGCGAUACAAUGGAUACUGUAUAUAGUAGUAACGGGUACUGAACGUGACCGGUUAGGACGGAUCAGGGGUUAAACUAUAUCGAAAGGUAUAUAGCAUAGGUAUCAGGGCAAGUAAACCUAAGUCACUACUCGAGCAAGCAAGGUCUCUAUGGCGAUGAACUGUAGUGAGGGCUGACUUAACUGAUUCUCUUCUGUACAUACCCAGGUACCUGUAGACUGACAUAAACGAGACCCAGUAGCUACGUAGGUAGACAAAUAUUUGACUUUUAUGAA